GCAGGCGGAAGUGCCGCCCGACCUGAAGGGCGGGAGGAGGGGGUCGUUAGCGGCGCUUGUUCCGGUCGCGAGGGGUUUCCUGGUCGCAGCAGGCAGCGCUAGUGAGUAGCGUGGUGAACGAGCGCAUGAAAUACAGAAUACUUCCCAAGAUGUUUGGGGGAUAUGAUGAUAUAGAAGCAUUUGAGGAUGAUCUGUACUGUGAAGAUUCUUCCAGUGAAACCAGUAUUGAUAGUGAGGUAGAAUUUCAUCUUUAUAGUCAAGUCCAUUAUGCACAAGACCUUGGACAAGAAGAAACUAAAGAAGUUGGAUCUGUGAAAAAUCAGAGCUCUGUGACUAAAGAGGACUUAGAAAAUAAUUCCACUGUAAUUUCAGAUAGCGAUAUCAUUCACAUUUCUGAUAGUCCAGAAGUCAUCAUUUUAUCUGAUACCCCUGAUGAAGACAGCAUUUACAAAAGCAAACUCCAGAAGGUAAUGAUACCACAGGCUCCAUCUCUAGGAAGAACAUACAAUCUUGCUGAGCCCAGCCUUACAAAACCUAUUGGAGAUUCUUCACAGGUAACCCUGAAUGCAAAAAAACAGGCUACGGAAACAUCAAGAAAAGAGAAAAGGGCUACCCAGAAAUCAUUCUCUUUUCACCGUGAUGGUGUUCGCAUGAUCCACAAAAUCUUGGUAAUUGAGGACAGCUCUAGUGAUGAGGAUGCAGAUGAUGCAACAAGUGCAGCCUCUGAAAGUGAUAAUGUGGAGAGCUGGAUGCUCUUGGGAGGUUCCAGAGAUGACAAAGAUGAUAGUAUCCUCUUAAACCUUGAGGGCUGUGGAACUUCAGCCAGUGAACGAGACGGUGGACCAGGCUGGACCAUCAGUGAUAAAGACUUAGAGGCACAGAUUGGCAACUAUGUUACAGUGCGACAUAACAUCAGAUACUAUAUGCCAGACAAAAAUGUCACUUGCAGAAAUUGUGAUAAACGAGGUCAUUUAUCAAAAAAUUGUCCUAACCCAAAGAAAAUUCCACCUUGUUGUCUCUGUGCAGGAAGGGGUCACCUACAAAAUAGCUGUCCUGCCCGAUUUUGUUUAAAUUGUUGUUUGCCUGGACACUGUUCUAAAGAGUGCCAUGAAAGACUGUACUGGAAAAAACAAUGCAACCGCUGUGAUAUGAGAGGCCAUUAUGCGGAUGCUUGCCCAGAAAUAUGGAGGCAGUAUCACCUAACAACCAGACCAGGACCACUCAAGAAGGCCCGAACUCAUUCUGAGCAUUCUCCUUUAGUGUACUGUUACAACUGUGCAGAGAAAGGCCAUUAUGGAUAUGAAUGCUCUGAGAAGCGGAUGUUUAGAGGAACAUUUCCUACCUUUCCUUUCAUCUACUACUAUGAUAAUGAAUAUGAUAUCAAGAGGAGUGCUGUGAGAGCAAAGAAAAAAGUGCAAGAACUUCAGGAAGCUGGUCUUUUGCCAAAGGCUCUAAAGAAAGCACGACUGGAUGAUGAGCAGGAAGUGCAUAGCCUAAAGAAAAAGAGGAAAGUGUUGAAGGAGCAUGACAGAAGAGGUGAUACGCAUCACAGAAAGCUGAAAAAGAUGUCCCAGACAGAUGCACUCAAAGGGAAAAAGCACAAAGCGGAGGCCCGUGAACACAGGGACAUAAAACAGAGGAACAUAGAAGAGAACUUUCCCAGAGGUGGUCAUGUGAAUGAUCUUAAAAGGAGCAGAAAAACAAGCACACAGCGUAGCUUUAGCCUCUCAACAAAUGGGGGCAAAACAGAAAUCCUUCAUGCUUCUCUGGAGGCAGCUAGAAAGCGAAAGAAAAAGAAAAAGCAGAAGACCUACACAAGAAAUAGUCACAGUAGGGAUGAAAGUUUAUUUCUUAUAAAACAGAAGAAGAAGAAAUCAAAAUUGAAACCCAGUUGCUGACUGGAAAGAGUGGUUUACAGGUGGGGGCUUAGCUUGACCUAGAGUUUUGGCCCCUUCCUUUCCCUCACGGUGUGGAACACAGAAUCCUCUAAGUACAGGCCGGAAUAGCAAAAGAGCAGCGAGUUUGCUUGUGCUAUUCCAUACGGAAGGUAUUGUGGUUUGUGACAGUAAGUGUUUAAUGUAUAUAAGAGUAUGUCAGCACUGAUGAAUUUUUACCAUUUCUGUAUUAGGAUUAAGCAUUUUGUGGGGAGGGGGAUUGUGGAGAUACACAGUGGAGUGAAAACAAGAGGAAGAUUAGGCUUUUGUGUUACGUAGUUUUUUAAAAUAACUCCUAGUUUCUGUUCAAGUACUUCUUCUGAGCACAUGUGAUUCACUUCCAUGCAGGCUUUAAAGAAGUGCUUUCUAAACUAGGGAAAGAUACCCAGGGCACGGAUGCUAGAACAAAGGGAUGCAAAGACACUUCAUAUGUUUGACAGAAGUGGUGACAGAAGAAACAGGAAGUCUCAAGCAGCACUGAACAUGUAUUGUGCAGGAAUACAGCAAGACCCAACCAUGCGAGUUACUUCAUGCUUGCUCUGCCAGUGCUUCUGUGGAAUGUGUGAAAUGGAUCUAGGGAACAGGGAGGGAAACUGCAUGAGGGCUGUCUUUUACAUCCUGAUUUAUUUUCCUGCCAGAGUCUGUUGUGACAUAGCCAUCUUGUCGCUGGUGACACACUUCUUCCUUACAGCAUAAUAUCAAGGCAUCUUCAAACAUCACAAGCUUCACUGGCAAGCCUGGUAAAAGAGUAAGUCUGUAAGAAGGCCUCAGUCCUGAAAUGGCUUUGUACAAGUAGAUGUCCAGUUGCUAAAGAAUAUAAUCAUAUAUGAAAUUUACCUGUUCUCAGAAAUAAAUUGUUUAAUGUGUCAAUUUCGUUAAAAUGAAGUAUUUUUAUACUUUGAAUUGCAGUUAAAAUUUGUUACAGUAAUAAAUGCAAUAUCCAAAAGAGAAAGCAA